GUUUAGACACAAUUGGUGACUCCUAUUGAAGCUUGAAGAAUUGGUUUGGAGUAGUUACUGUUUGGAGUGCAUAAUUUCUUAUCAGUAUAACAGUAUUGGUGUUCAAGUGAUAGUUAUGCAACCGGUAGUUUUCUUUAAUAAUUUUGUUGUACAAGUGACACUAUUUCAGUGCCAAGACAACUUGAAAUAAUUGAAGGUUUUCUUGAAGUGGUGUUGGCGUUUGUAUAUUUGCAAUAUAAGUGCAGGAAGGUGCUUGCUAUUGUUUGUUGGCAGAGUUGAUUUCUUUGAGGUUAAUCCCACAAAGGUUUGAGUGGAUGGAAUCACAUUACUGGCGCUAGUCGGGGAUAAUAAUCUUGGUGACUUUUGUGGCUUAUCAUUCUUAUCCAACGAAGGGUAAUCACCUACCAUUUGGUUAUUAAAGAUUCACAAUCCUAUAAAGGGUCACUCCUCUUCUGUUUCUUGGAGUCAAAUGCCUUAUGCUAUCUUCUUGCUGAAGAUAUUAUUGAUACCGAAUAUUGACAUUUAUCAUGUCCUUGAAGAGUCACUCCUAUCUUGAGGAAAUUUCAUCUUAAACAGAUACUGAAAACUGAAGUCUGUCCCUGCAUUUUUCCAUCUUGGCUAGUCGUGGUUUGCAGCUCAUCCUCAUUUUCAUCAUGAACAGAGAUACACAAUUGCCCAUCGAUCAUGUGUCUUCUUUCCAGUAUGCAGAAUUUGAUUACUUUGAGGCUUGAUCACAAUAAUUACAUUCCAUGGUUCUUUCAAAUGGAAAGUUUACUGCAAAGUCUUGAUUUAAAGGGAUACACUGAUGGUACAUGUCCAUAUUCGCCUCAGUUCUUGAUUACUAAUGAUGGGAUAACUGCUGAAGUUACUAGGGAAUUUAAGGAAUGGAACAAAAAUGAUAAGGUAGUGCUAUGUUUUAUCUCUGCCACUACAUCUAGUGAAGCAUUGUCCUCUAUAGUUGGCAGUAGAAAUUCAAGGGAGGCUUGGCUCAUGGAUGGGUUUAGGCUCCCGUUGCAGAGACUGAUGCUGGUUUCAAUCCAUCAUCAUCCAAGGUUAGUUUCUUUCGAAGAAUCGAAGUACUGCUGGUAUUUUAUGCAUUCUCAUUUCAUCUUAAUGAGUCAGAUUGUUAGAGUGCUGAGAGAAGAGUACGAAUCAAGCCAUCUUCCUAGGUUGGAAGCGAUGAUCAGCCUCCAUUGUACAGAGUGAGGUUAAGGUGUUUUUUCCCCAUGGUACGUACCUGGGUAGGCAUACAGAUAAACGUAUUGCAAUAAUAUAUUCUAGUUAGUAUUUUAUGUACUGACCUCUGAGCGAUCAUUAAUAUAUUCUAGUAGUAGGAUAUAUCCUCAAUAG